AUUUAAUCAUCUUUCUUUUAAUAAUAAUACAAUUAUGGCAAAGCCUCUUCUAAAUUUUGUAGUUUUGAUUCUAAUUAGUUUAAUUAUAUGUUCAAGUUCAGCUACUAACUACAUUGUGGGUGAUAAUUCUGGCUGGGAUAUUAGUACUGAUCUUGAUACAUGGUUACUAGGAAAGAAAUUCAAGAUUGGAGAUGUACUCGUGUUCCAAUAUUCAUCGCUCCAUAGUGUGUCCGAAGUAACGAAGGAGAAUUUCAUGGGGUGCAACACAAGCAACGUGCUCGAUUCGAGCAAAAAUGGCAACACAACUUUCAUAUUGACAAAGCCAGGGGAUAGAUACUUUGUUUGUGGUAAUAGGUUACAUUGUCUUGGUGGAAUGAAACUUCAUGUAAACGUAGAAAAUGCAGAUGGUGCAGCAGUAAGAUCGCCUGCUGCUGCACCAUCACCAGAGGGAGGGGCCUCAUUUUCCCCUUCUUCAAAGAGCAAUAAUCCAUCAUUUGUGCCUAAUUUUGCUUCCUCUAAUAUUCAUGUUAGAUUGGAUUCUAUGAUACUUGUAAUUCUUGGUCUUUUGUUGUUUACAAUUCCACUAGUGUAAACUUGAGGAUUUUCAUUUUUCAUUAUUAUCCCUAU